AUGAACAGUAUAGCGCAGUACAGCGCACUGGACCAUGCCGCGCAGGCUAUCAGGUCAAAUGGAGUGCUCGCUGCCGGGGACGAGCUGGCAAUCUUCGUGGAGACGACCUCGGCGACCAGGCCCGCUGCAGUGAUAUUGGCAUUGGACGACGGCGUCAUGACGAGCUCGCAGUGGCGGUGCGGCGGCGUGACUCAACCCGUUUCCUCUUGGGAGUUUGCGGUGGAGCAGGAAACGGGUUGUUGCGAUUGGCGGGACGACGAGCUGUGGAGUCGAUUUGGUGCGCGGUGGAUCCAGCCCAAUAGCACUGCAGUGCUGCAGGCGUUCUGGUGCCGGUACACACUCCCCAUUAGCGGGAGCAAGUUGCCAGAUUCCAGCACUUCCAGCGAGUCUGCGACGGCUCCUGUCGUCAACAUGACCAGCUUUGUUGUGGACAGUAGCGUCCAGGCGACGAUCUCAUUCGAGGUCAGUGAGAAGGCGAUCGUAUCCUGCGGAAUGAUGAGAAACUCAUACAAGAUGCGGGCACCAACUUACGUUGAGUUGGAGAGCUGGGGCAUCGUCCAGGUUAUCGCUGACCCUUACGAGGCAGAAUGGGCGCUUAUUGGUAACGAGAAUACACGUCAGGACUACGAUGUUGCAUCGCUUGCAUGGCUUAAUGUUUCAUCCAUCGUGGACUGCCAGUCGCAGUGCUUCGAUCACAUGGAGUGCCAUGGGAUGACGUACUAUUCGAGUGGCAUGGCCUAUGGUGAGGACUUGUGUUUUUCUUCACAGGGGUGCAACUGUAAGUUGAUAGCAAGCUUCGAAGAGGCCACCCCGCUGUCGAACCUGUCCAGCUCUGCCGAAUUUACGCACAUGACCCUGGUGCGGACGGCGAAACGGCACCAGACCACCCUGCCCGGGGCCUAUACUCCGAGCACCAAUCGAUAUCUGGCCUACUGCGGUGCGAGAUCGAGCACGACGGGAGGCCAUUCGGCUUGGGAGGCCGUGCGCGCCGCCGAGCGGACCCUGGAGACCGGCACGUGCGUGGACUGCGCGCCCCCGCCCGAGAUCUCGCUCCUCGGCGGCUGGGCCGACGGCUCCCAGAUCGCGGUGGUGGUGCAGACGUCCGCGCCCGGCUACGCGUACUGCGCUGCCGUCGCCCUGUCGUCGGCCGACGAGGCGUGCGCCUGCCUGACUGCCGACGAGAUCAAGCUCGGCGGCCACGUCACGGUCACCGGCGGCGGCUUUGCGGUUUCCGUGCUGGUCACGGGGCUCGCGCCCGACGCGCUGUACGAGGUGUCCUGCGCGGUGACGGACCACACCGGAACGGACAGCACUGCCGAGAACAUACUCACAACGGUGCGGCGGUGGCGGACCGAGAGUCUCGAGGCGUACGUGCCCAUCGCGGUCGUCGGCUUCCAGUAUGCGCACGCAAACCUCGACGCGUUGGGAUACUUGUGGUGCGACUUAUACGCCGUCACUACUAUCCAUGAGGUCGUUCCUGGUGCAGCAGAGCUUCAGCAGUACGGGCGCUGGCAGCGAGUGUCCAGCACCCAACAAACCCUCAUUGGAAUAUUUGAAGGUCCCACGAACGGCUCAUACGACGUUUAUUGCACAGCAGUCGAGAACCCUGAUUUCAAUGUUCCACUUGGCCAGGGUGGCAGGAUGCAGACGCCAUUUCCAGUCGCAACAAUUUUGAACGUUGACGUCCAGUAUGACAACGUCACGCUCCAGGUGCUCAUUGAUCGCGGCCCAGCCAGCCUUUUCUGUGACUCCCGGCUGUGGGACACGCACGCCUCCGUGCAAGCGCCGACUCCGCCAACCGCCCAGGACCCUGAGAUGAGAGCCUCUCCCUUCCACGUUGACGUCCCGACCGCCGUUGGUGGAACGGUCAUCUUGCGGCUGGUGCCGCUGAACACGGGCUCGGUCUAUUCGAUCUACUGCUACACGGAGAUCGUCGGGUCUGAUUCCGAGCAGAUGUCGGACCAGGGUCGGCGGAUCUAUGGCACUCGCCGGACGAUCCGAACGAUGGGCCCUGCGGAGAACGUGGGCGGCUGGCAGUGCGUGUCCGGGCAGACCUGCAACAUCUCAGGCAUCGCGGCCGACGGCAUCAGCGUCUUCGACCGCGUGAUGGUGCGUGCGGACGGCUGCCCUGGCAGGUGCCGCUGCAGCGGCUUUGCGGACCCUUACCAGAAAGGCUCAGCGUGCUCCGCGAUCUCGCACGACCCGCAGAUUGGCGCCCCGUCCCAGACCGAGCUCGACGCCGUGAGCGUCGAGGACCCGAACGGGGAGUGGUGCUACGUCGACCAAGGUCUCUGCCCCGACGAGGUUCCGUCGCCGACCUUCGGCCAGUACCUCAUAUCGUACAGGGCCUGCUCCUUCGGCGACGCUGCCGGUCUGACCGGCCCCGAGCCCGACGGGUUCCCGAACGGUGGCCUCACGAUGCCCGCCUGGGGGACCGAGCGCUGGCGACAGCUACACCUUCGGCCCGACCGCCGUCAACGCCACGGGCGGGCAGUACGAGCUGUGCUGGUGCAACGGCACCGAGUCAUCUUGCGCGACGCAGGCAGACUAUCGCCUGAGCCUCGGGUCCGUCCACGUCGCCGGGCCCUCCAGCGAGCAGGCCUCGGAGGAGAACUCCUGCGUCGCGGGCCACCCGUGCACGGUGCCCCACAUCGCUGGCUACGGGCUCAGGAACGGCGGCCGCCUGGCGGUGGUCCCCGACACGGCGAUGGGCUGCGCCUGGGUCGGGGAGAGACUCCCGCGCACAGCGUGGGCGUGCCCGGCUUCCUGAACGACGGCGUGUCCGAGCCGUCCCUGCUGCAGGGCAGUUCGUUCUCGUGGGGCGGCGACCCGCUCGUGAUAGAGGGGGGCGAGUACCUCCUCUGCUGGUGCGGCCCGGCGGCCGGGACCGCGACGGGCACUGGGAUCGGGGCAGCAGUGCGCGUUGGGUUGUUGGUGGCGGGUAACGCGGGUUUAAUUCAGAGUCGGCGCCGGUUAUACCCGCUGGCGAAGAAGGCAAAGAGCGACGAGCCGUGCCCAGCGGUGCGCCCGGUCGGCGGCGCCGGCUUCCUGGCGCCAGGCGCCGCCCGCGCGCGGCGCCGGCCCGCUGGGCUGCGGCGGCUUCGGCCACGGCGCGUCGGCGGCGGCGCCGGCGGCUCCGUCGGGCCCCUCUGCGGCGGCGGCGGCAGCGCCGACACCUCUCGACCGACCUCGGCCACGCCGGCGCGAGCGCACCUCCGAGACCCACACCUCGAGUGGUGGCACAUUGCGGUGACGCUCCUCAAGCGCUACGAGAUGCUCAGGCGCACCGACAGGAUCAUAGAGGCCGCCAGCUGCAACGGCAAGAUAGUCGAGAUCAUGCAGAAGGCCGAGGAGAUGCAGAUCCACGAGGUGUUCAACAAGGACGACGGCGAGGAGUUCAGAAACUGGAAGGCCAUGAUGAGGACGCUGCAGGACAUCCCCGUCGAGGAUGUGAUCCCCGUCAUCGAGACCAGCGAGAGGUACCAAGGGAGGGCCGUCGGGCAGGCACUCACCAAGUCGAGGAAGGCCUACCAGAGCUGGGCAAUCAAGAUGUGGAAUGAAGCUCCGCGGCACCUCCACAACAUGGUCAAGGAUCCGAGACCUGAGACAGUUGAGAAGAUCCAGCAAGGGAGAUCCGUGGCGGACCCUGACCAGAUCAUGAGCAACCGAGCUGACGAAUGGGAAAAGCACUGGGCCGACCCCAGCGUGACCCCCGACCAGAUCCUCGACGGCAUCCACAUGGUCAUGGGCCGCGCCUGGCAGCAACCCUUGGCUCCGCUCCAGCUGCAGCAGCUGGACCGCCUGCUCCCCGCCAUCACAGCCACCAAGGCCAAAGGGAUCGACAACAUCGGGCCGCUGGAGGUCCAGCCGUGGCGCUCCAUCCUGGCUGGCUCUCCAGAGGGUGUACGGCUGGCCAAGGCCUUCAUGGGGCCCAUCCUCCACCGUGCGCAGCUCACGAAGCAGGCGGACAUAGGCCUCUGGACGUUCGUAGACGACACGGUCCUGCGCUCCCAAGGCACCGAGGCCAACGUGGAGAAGCAGCUGAUCGACAACGGCGCCAUGCUGGGCGAGUGCCUCAAAGAGGCGGGCCUCACGGUCUCCCCGAAGACCACGGUGAUAGCAAGCUCUCCGAAGCUGGCCAUCGCCAUUGCAAAAGGCCUCCAGCAACGCGGCGUACCCGCCAAGGCUGAGGGCAACUUCACUGACCUGGGCGUGGACUGCAACCAGCUGGCGGCCUGGCUGGACCAGUGGUUCGCCCACCCCGAGCUGCACGCCAGGAUCGCCAAGGCCUGGCAACCGUCGCUCAGGAGGCUCCGUCUGGCGGGUGAGAGCCGCUGGAGGAGAGUGCGUGGGCCAAUAUCGGCCACAGUGGCGACCCUCCUUGAUGCAGGAUGGGACCCUGUCGACCACGACUUCUGGGUCACGGACGAGGACGUGGGCUGGCGGUUCCCCAGCCCCGACCAGCCGAGCUUCGCGGAGGCGGCGGCGGACUACGUGGAGCUGCUCCUGGACUUCGAGCGGCCCUAG